AUGGUACAAAAAUCGCUGCUGGAUCUGGUGACUUUCUAGUUAAAGUUGUAGAUGUGAUGGAUUGCAGCCAGCAGAAAACAUUUCGAGGACAUGAAGCCCCUGUUUUAAGUCUUUCCUUUGAUCCUAAGGAUAUCUUUCUGGCAUCAGCUAGUUGUGAUGGAUCUGUCAGAGUGUGGCAAAUUUCAGAUCAGACUUGUGCUAUUAGUUGGCCACUGUUACAAAAAUUCAAUGAUGUGGUAAACGCAAAAUCAAUCUGCAGACUUGCCUGGCAGCCAAAAAGUGGGAAGUUACUAGCAGUUCCUGUGGAAAAAUCUGUUAAGCUAUAUAGAAGAGAAACUUGGAGUAAUCAAUUUGAUCUUUCAGAUAACUUCAUCUCUCAGACCCUCAAUGUAGUAACCUGGUCUCCUUGUGGGCAAUAUUUAGCUGCAGGGAGUAUUAAUGGUUUGAUUAUAGUUUGGAACAUGGAAACUAAAGAUUGCUUGGAAAGGGUGAAACAUGAGAAAGGUUAUGCAAUUUGUGGCCUGGCCUGGCAUCCUACUUGUGGUCAAAUAGCUUAUACUGAUGCAGAAGGAAAUCUAGGACUCCUGGAGAAUGUUUGUAACCCCAAUGGAAAGAUACCAAGCAGUAAGGUAUAUAGCAGAGUGGAAAAGGAUUACAAUGAUCUUUUUGAUGGAGAUGAUGCAAGUAAUGCUGGUGAUCUUCCAAAUGACAGUGCAAUUGAAACCUCCUCUUUUUCAAAAGGAGUUAUAAAUGAUGAUGAGGAUGAUGACAUCAUGCUGGCUUCAGGUCGUCCUAGGCAGCAAAGUCACUUCCUAGAAGAUGAUGAAAACUCAGUUGAUAUUACAAUGCUAAAAACAGGUUCUAGUCUCAAAGAGAAAGAGGAAGAGGAUCAAGCAGACAGCAUUUACAAUUUACCACUUGCAACAUCCCAGAGGCCAUUUUAUGAUGGGCCUAUGCCAACUCCCCGGCAAAAACCAUUUCAGUCGGGUUCUACACCCUUGCAUCUCAUGCACAGGUUCAUGGUGUGGAACUCUGUUGGAAUCAUUCGCUGCUAUAACGAUGAGCAAGACAAUGCCAUAGAUGUGGAGUUCCAUGAUACCUCCAUACACCAUGCAACACACUUAUCAAACACUUUGAAUUACACAAUAGCAGAUCUUUCCCAUGAAGCUAUUUUGUUGGCAUGUGAAAGCACUGAUGAACUAGCAAGCAAGCUUCACUGCCUACACUUUAGUUCUUGGGAUUCAAGCAAAGAAUGGAUAGUCGACCUGCCUCAGAAUGAGGAUAUUGAAGCCAUCUGUCUUGGUCAGGGAUGGGCUGCUGCUGCCACUAGUACCUUGCUCCUUCGAUUAUUUUCUAUUGGAGGUGUUCAGAAAGAGAUCUUCAGUCUUCCUGGGCCUGUGGUGUCAAUGGCAGGACAUGGAGAACAGCUUUUCAUUGUUUAUCAUAGAGGAACAGGAUUUGAUGGGGAUCAGUGCCUUGGAGUUUAUCUGCUAGAGAUGGGGAAAAAGAAAAAACAAAUUUUGCAUGGUGAUCCUCUUCCUCUUACAAGGAAAUCCUACCUUGUAUGGGUUGGAUUUUCAGCUGAAGGUACCCCCUGUUUCGUGGAUUCAGAAGGCAUUGUUCGAAUGCUAAACAGAGGACUUGGUAAUAUGUGGACUCCUGUAUGUAAUACAAGAGAACACUGCAAAGGAAAAUCCGAUCACUACUGGGUGGUUGGUGUCCAUGAAAAUCCCCAGCAACUGAGGUGCAUUCCUUGUAAAGGCUCUCGAUUUCCUCCUACCCUUCCACGCCCUGCUGUAGCUAUAUUAUCCUUUAAGCUUCCUUACUGUCAGAUUGCAACAGAGAAAGGACAGAUGGAGGAACAGUUUUGGCGUUCAGUUAUGUUUCACAACCACCUUGAGUAUUUAGCUAAAAAUGGUUAUGAAUAUGAAGAGAGCAAUAAAAAUCAAGCAAUAAAAGAACAACAGGAACUUUUAUUGAAAAUGCUUGCACUCUCCUGUAAACUGGAGCGGGAAUUUCGUUGUGUGGAACUUGCAGAUCUCAUGACUCAAAAUGUUGUGAAUUUAGCCAUUAAAUAUGCUUCUCGUUCUCGGAGAUUAAUAUUGGCCCAAAGACUUAGUGAACUGGCUGUAGAGAAGGCAGCAGAAUUGGCAGCAACCCAGGAGGAAGAGGAAGAAGAAGAUUUCAGGAAAAAGCUGAAUGCUGGUUAUAGUAAUACUCCUACAGAGUGGAGUCAGCCAAGGCUCAGAAAUGAAGCUGAAGAAGCUGCAGAAGACACUGGAGAAGCUGAUGAUACUAUGGAAGCUGAUGAUAUAGAAGAAAAAUCAGAAAUACCUAAGCAGGGACAGAACCCAUUUUCCAAAAGCACAAAUUCCUCUGAUGUGCUGCCCAUUAAGUCAGGUGCAGUUAUCUCUGGCAGCCAAGGACGAGUAAACCCCUUCAAGGUAUCAGCCAGCCCCAAAGAGCCAGCCAUUUCCGUGAAUUCAGGACGUUCUGCUAACAUUUUAGACAAUAUGAACAAAUCAUACAAGAAAUCUACUGUACUUAAUCGAGCUACAAAUAAUGAAAAGUCUCCAGUAAUAAAGCCUCUAGUUCCAAAGCCAAAGUCUAAGCAGGCAUCUGCAGCUUCCUAUUUCCAGAAAAGGACUUCCCAAGCUGAUAAGACCGACGAAGUGAAAGAAGGCAACCCUGAAAAUUCGUUAUCUGAAACCCCAGCCAUGUGUCCUCAAAACACUGAAAACCAAAGGCCAAAGACUGGGUUCCAGAUGUGGCUGGAAGAAAAUAGAAGUAAUAUUUUAUCUGACAAUCCUGACUUUUCAGAUGAAGCAGACAUAAUAAAAGAAGGAAUGCUUCGAUUUAGAGUAUUGUCCACUGAAGAAAGGAAGGCAUGGGCUACCAAGGCAAAAGGCGGAACUGCAAGUGAUGGAGCUGAAGCAAAGAAGCGAAAACGUGUGGUUGAUGAAAAUCAAGAAACUGAACACCAGAAAGAAAAGGCAGCGGAGAAUCAGAAUUUGCCUAAAAAGCAAAAACCUUUAGAUCUUUCUACAAAUCAGAAACUGUCAGCUUUUGCAUUUAAGCAGGAAUAGAGUAAGGAAGUAGCCUUAGGAAAUAAUGGCUUUUUUUACAGUCUUUGAUGAAUCUGGACUUUUAAAGAAAUCUUUAGGAAACUGUAUAUUUUUAAAAGAGUUUAAAGACAGUUGUUUGUAAGAUACUGUAGUAAUUAUAC